UUUGAGCAGCAGGUCUGAUGCAUAGGUUAGAGGGUGAAUACAAACGGGGGUGUGGUUUGGAUCAAUAACCAGCCCAGUUUACGGUAAAAUCAUAAUACUGCAAACCACUCCGAGGGUGGAGAGUGUCGUUAGAUCUGAGGCACACGGUCGGUUUAGCGGAAAUUAUUCCUGUGAGGAGACGAUUCACGCGCUUUAAUGAAACGAUGGCAUUUUGUGGACUGUGAUUCUUCAGUCGACGCUUUCAAACACGCGCAGGAGAACGAGAAGUUCACGCUUAACUGGCUAUUACAAAAUGGGAUGGAUUGUGCAAAUGUUAAAUUCCACGAGUGGCCAAAUGAUUUGAAUUUCAUUGCCACAUGUAGCUUAACCUUAACGUUAUAGACUCCCUACAUCGGGCUGUAUUAGAUCUGACUGACUUGACGUUAACGUUACAUAAGAGCGCUUUGUGUGAGACAGCAAGCAAACAGAAAUCCUGCGUUUAACACCGCACUAGAAGUUCCUUCAAUAACUAUCAUCUGCCAGUCAUUCCUGAGGCCCUCGUUGGAUUAAAUUGUCAGCAUCAAAAGAGCAGUUUCUUUAUUGGUCUAAUAGCACUGAAUGAUUGACCGUAGAGAGCAUACUGCAACUACAGCAAGAUGAACAACAAUCUGCAAGACAGAAGCAUGUUCACAGUACAAGCAGAUGUCAUAUUUCACGCUGCAAACUCUCCAGAACCAAGUCUUCCUUCUGAAGGGAACAACAAUGUCCCAGCCAUGGGGAAAAUGGGAAUACAACAGGGUGUGUGGGAUACAUCCGAGUCAGGGGGUUCGACUGCAGUAACAGGUGCAGAAUACUCACAAGAUGCUGUCUCCAGCGACAGUGGAUUUCAGGAGCACAUUCAGGCUGUGGAUUCAUCUAAAGCACAACACUCUGACCUCCGUUUGAGAAAUAUAAGUGAACAUUCAUGUCAAGGAAGUAUUAAAGAAACAAAUGGAGCCAAAGUAAUGGGAACCUCUCUGUGUUUCAGUACACAGAACAAAGAUGAAAUAGAUAAAUUAUCCAGUGUUCUCAGAGACAAUGAAGUUGUUCGGAGUCGGUUAGACAAUAAAAAUGUCAACUCCAGGUCAGCUGACAGAAAUAAUUCCUACACGAGCUCCCAGGAAACAAGGCCGUAUGAACAAACGUUGGGUUGCCUUCUGAGUUCCUCUGAAGGAGCGAAUCAGACUCAUCACAGAACAUCCUUCGGACAGACAGGCCUGGAAUCAAGUCAAGGACAAAAGCUUAGUGGAUCUGCUAUAAGAGAGGCUCUCUCAGCGAAAGAAGAGCCCAAUUUAGUCAUCGAAGUGGGUGGACAGAAAAUACAAGCACACAAGUCAGUACUGGCUGAGAAAAGUGAUUAUUUUAAAGCCAGGCUUUCCCGAGACAUUCUGAAGGUGAAAGGAAUGAGCUAUAAAACCUUAUCCGUGCUUAUAGAUUAUGUUUAUUCCUCCCAGAUGAAUGUAAACAAAGACAACGUCGUGGAAGUCAUCGCAGGGGCAAAGAUUCUGCAAAUGCCCUGUGCGGUGCAAGCCGCAAUCGACACCGUAUCCGCGCAGAUCACUCCGGAGAACUGCUAUGAGAUUCUUACCAUCGCCAAAAAGCAGCGAUUAAAUGAACUGAAAGAAACAGCUUAUCGGUUCAUGAGCGACAACUUUCUCCAAGUCCUAAGAGAUCCUGCCGUUUACGGCCGCCUCACGGGCUCGGAGAGAGAUCUCAUCCUGCGCAAACGAAUGGAGAACCGCAAGUGUCUGAUGGUGGCGGAAAUAAACGACGUGUUUGAGUGGGUGGGGAGCAGACCGCCCAGCAGGAACAGCAGCCGACCCCAGAGCCCCCUCUCCAUCACGUCCUUUGAGGACAAUCAUAUGAUCUACUACUACAACAAGAGCACUAAGGACUGGCACACCCUGACCGUCAUGCCAGACGACAUCAACACAAAAGGCUGUGGUAUAUGCACAAUGUACAAUUACUUGUUUGUGGCUGGUGGAAUCAGGGGAACUGGAGAGAAAAGCAAAGUUUCCGAUAAAGUGUUUUGCUACAAUCCCAUCACGGACCGCUGGAGCGAGGUCCGACCCAUGAGCCAAGCACGAUCGCAACUCAAACUCGUCUCAAUGGACGGUCAUCUAUACGCUAUCGGUGGUGAAUGUCUCUUUACGGUUGAGAAGUACGACCCUCGCAUGGACCGCUGGACUGCGGUGGCUCCUCUGCCCAAAGGAGCCUUCGCGGUGGCUCACGAAGCCACUACCUGCAACGGCGAGCUGUACAUCUCGGGAGGGUCUCUGUUUUAUCGGCUGCUGAAAUAUGACCCUAAGAGAGAUGAAUGGCAGGAAUGUCCUUACAACAACAGCAGGAAAAAAUCCACAGACAUGGUGGCCCUCAAGAGCUUCAUCUACCGAUUCGACGUUAACCGCGAGCAGGGCAUCAGCGUCUUCAAGUACAACACUAUUGUAAAGAUGUGGCACGACUGCGCUUCCCAACAGCAAGGCUGCACGCUGCCGUUUCGCUGUGCCGUCAUCGAUAACUGCAUCUACUGUGUGAAUAAAUCUCAGACACUUCAGUUCAUUGUCGAGGAUGAUGGGGGUCGAUUCAAAGAAGAGACUCUUAAAGCACCCGUGGAGGCCAAAGGCGUCUUAUUCCCAUUUAUUCUCAGUUUGCCUGAGAGAGGCGGAAGAUUUAUGUGACAUCCCAUGGUUGACCGUUCUGUGUUUCUCUAGACGUGGUGAAACAGAAUGCCUGAUCAAUAUGUAUAGAUUAAGUUUAAACUACAGAGAAGUUCAAUGUGUCAGCUCAGUUUGAUACUGGAAUGUUUUCUUUGCAUGGGAAGAACAAACUGAUGUUUGGCACCUUGGUACCAAACCUCCACAAUCCAACUUUGGAAGAUGAAGAACAUCAUGUAUACAUAGCUUAUUUGUGCAGCCUCUUCUGUCAUUUGUUUUGUGCACUUUUGGAUUUGGGUGAAACUGGAAUUAGCAAAAAAGAAAAAAAAGUUAUAAAUGGAGAUAGCACAAACGAACAACUGAAGCACAUGAUGUUAUAAUGUGACCCUGUUUUCUUAACAACAGAUUCUAUGCAAGUAGAUUUUGUAAAAGUUAAUUAUGAAAUAAAUUUGGAACCACUUAGAGAAGCAUAAAAGAACAGGCAACUUUGACACAACUGGGUCAGUAAAUACCGGCUAUGAAGCAGCUAAAGAAGCCAUUACAUUAGAGUAACAUUAGGGAAACAUCAUAAGCACAAAGCACUUAACUUCUAUUCCUGCUGCUGUCAGAGAUAGUACUGGAUCACAAUUUAAUACUACAGUUUACUAUAUUUGAGAGGGACUAUAAAAGCACUUUUAUUAGGCAGUCUAGAAGGCAAAAAUCACAGAGGGUCUGUUCCUCAGUUUGGAGUCAUUGCCAAAGAUAAAACCUUAAGAAAACAUUCAAUUACAUUUUCAUAACCUAUACAUAAUUUCCAUCAACCAUGAAUGUUAUUUAAGAUUUCUGCCUGUUUAAUCCCAAAUACAAUUUAAAAUGUUUAUUGCUGAAAAACACAUGGUCAAGCGUUUCAGAUAUUUAAGGAUUGUUAAAGUGAAUGGCACAGAAUCCUUAUAGUCUUAUCAAUUUAGGGUAUCAAUUUAGAAACCAUACAAAUCAGAUAGAUACUGUCAUGUUGACCAAAAACAUGUAUCGUCACAUUGUGUCCUUUGCUUGUCAUAAUGCUUCAAAACAGCAUGUCAAAGUGUUUCAAUAAGACAUUUCUUAACACUCUUUUGCCCAAGCUUUUUCUAAGCCAGUGAGAUUCAUUCAUAAUGUAUUGAGGUUUCUUUAAAUUUCAGUUCUCUAAAACAUGUUUUAAUUCUGUUUCAAUUCACUCAUUCAUUAAUGAAAUAUGAAUACAGGCUUGAAUGUUGCGUUAUUAUAAAUGUGAACUUUUUUUACUUCAAGUACUUGAAUUGCCCCACUGUGCUUUACUCACUUUUAACCAACCCCGACAAACAUCACACCAUUCUAGUAAACAUCUCGGAGAUCACAAAUGACAGUAAAUCUCCAGCAGCAAUGAUUCCUGUACUUGCUACAGUACAGCAGUAUAAUCUUUGUGAUGUUUUUAUUUCAUGCCUGAGUGCUUCUAAGUAAAGAUUUUUCCAGUUGUCAGAUAUUCACCUGAGAUUGGGAUAUUGUUGCAAGGCGACUGAAGUGUGUUGUAAUGCUGAUCAUAUGGGUGGGACACUGCUUGCUUAGUGACGUGUACAAGACUAAUAUGCUGUUGAAAGAAAUUGCUUGAUUGUUUUACUUUUUCAUUGGCUCUGUCGGUUUAACAUCUAACAAACUAAUGUGUCUGUGUUUACAAUAAAGUGGUUUUUAA